AUGCAAAUGUGGGCAAGCGAGAGUGGUCCCGAACGGCCUUGGCCGCGGUCGCGCAUAAUAACGGGCCAGCCUUCGGUCGGAACGGCCAUCAGCUAUCACAGAUCCACUGUUGCCGCUCUAACCUUCGUUUCCUAGCCGCGCCUAUCCAGCCAGAUCGCACUGAUAACCUGGCAUCUGUCACGUCAGGUUAGGUAGGUCAUCGGCUUGCCAGCCGUCGACUGUAUAGUGCGGUCAGAAACGUCUGGGAUGGUUGGAAGAGGUUUUGGAAUAAGGGACGGAGAAAUAUGGCUAUUGUUUUUCAGGAUUCUUGAGGCUGAUUCUUUGAAUAAUUUUGCCAAACUUGAACGUCGAGCCUUCCUAAAUUCAAAUCAUCAGCUUUUCAACGGAGUUUGCGGACUGCUAUUUCAGUAUUCUUGUAAAAAGAAAAGUUUGAAGGCGUUCAAAGAAAAAAGAACCAAAAAUAAGAAGCUAUAUACCAAUCUGAAGAAAUAAGAGCCAACAGCGUGUUCAAAUAAACUUUGGUAAUGUAGUAUGAAAAGUAUAAAAAAAUUUUUUUAGUGUGUUACUUUACUGUUUCAUCAUUUACAAAAUCUCAGCUCAAUUUCGAAAUUUUUCUUUUUUGAAAAAUAUUUCUUUAGUGGCACCUGGGCCAAGUUCUUUCACGGAAAAAAACUUUUUUUUAAGUGUUGCAAAAUCUACUUCGGGAAUGUAAACCAAAAAAUUUUGCUAGCGCCACCUGGCUAUGCAAAAACGGUGGUUUUUUUUCUUGGAAAAGGAGGACCAGAAGAUUCGUGAAAAAAUGGAGUGCUGGGACAAUUUCGGAAAUAGUUCGUUCCAAAAAAGAGCUUGCUUGUGGUUGCAAAUAAGAGUUUCGAUAAUCAUUUGUAAACAAAUAUAUAAAAGUUUUUAUAGUGACAAGAAAUGGGAUAAACCACAACAUCAAAAAUACAAAAAAAACUAUUAUGACAAAAGUGAAACAGGAAAGAAGGCUUCCAUAGGGGAAAGAAGAGGUAAAAUGAUGAGCAAAUUGAAAAAAUCUGAGAUAUUCGAUCAACCAAAAUAAGUUUGAAAGAUUAUUCAGAAUGGGGCGGCAUAGCUCAGCUGGCAUAACCCAUUUCUAACGUCCGCAAGGUCGUAGGUUCGAGUCCCCCCGAGGUCGACCAAGCUUUUCAUCCCUCCGGGGUAGAUAAAAUUGGGAGCUGCAUGCAGCGAAAAGGCUCAAUUUCUGCCAUGGGCCUUCGGAAAGCCGGCACCGUACUUCUUCCUACGACCUCUCUUGUACCUGAUGUUCUACGAGCGACAUUCACAACUUCUCUGCUUAAGCCACAGUUCCUACCGCCGUUCACACACAGUUAACUCAAUGAAAGUCGAUUGCACAUGUAUUCUUACAUUGAAGAUGCAAUAAACAACAAUUAUUCAGAAUAGGAAUGAUAUCAAAACAAAGUUGCGCAACGCUGGAUGGAACAAAAUGCUAUUAAAGGGCCGAAAAGCGGCAAAACCCUGCGUCAUGCAAUGCUUUUCUGGGUCAAACGGCAAGCUAAUCGUCCUGGGUGGCGCGCCACAAGGAUUUUGUCGACAUUUCAGGGCCAAAUCGCUUACGAGCUCGUGUUGACAGCGAUACCAUAUGACCCGAGUUGGAUAUGGAAUCUUUUUUUGAAAAAAAAAGUCUACGAUUCAAGGACUUGAGGUCACGCUGAAGAGGCUUGGCGUGAUUUACGCUAAAUAA